GCGGCAUGGAGGGGCACAAGGCGUUAAGAUUGAGGCCGAAGAGGAUUGCAUACGAAUCUUCUUCUUCUUCUUCUUCUGCUUCUUGUUUCUAAGAUCUCAUCUCUCUUUUAAAUAUCAUCCCAUUUUUUCUUCGGGAAAAAAAUGUUCAUUGAGAGCUUUAAGGUAGAGAGUCCGAACGUCGAGUAUACUGAGAAUGAGAUUCAUUCUGUGUACAACUACGAGACCACUGAGCUUGUCCAUGAGAGCAGAAAUGGCACCUAUCAGUGGGUUGUCAAGCCUAAGACUGUCAAAUAUGAAUUCAAGACUGAGAUCCAUGUCCCUAAGCUAGGGGUUAUGCUUGUGGGAUGGGGAGGAAACAACGGUUCAACCCUCACUGCUGGUGUUAUUGCCAACCGAGAAGGCAUCUCCUGGGCAACCAAGGACAAAGUGCAACAAGCCAAUUAUUUUGGCUCCCUAACCCAAGCGUCAACAAUUCGAGUUGGGUCUUUCAAUGGAGAGGAGAUCUUUGCUCCUUUCAAGAGCCUGCUCCCAAUGGUGAACCCGGAUGACAUUGUGUUUGGGGGUUGGGAUAUCAGCGACAUGAACCUAGCAGAUGCCAUGGCUAGGGCCAAGGUCCUGGACAUUGAUCUGCAGAAACAAUUGAGGCCCUACAUGGAAUCCAUGAUCCCACUCCCUGGAAUCUACGACCCAGAUUUUAUUGCUUCAAACCAAGAUUCACGUGCCAACAACGUGAUCAAAGGGACCAAGAAAGACCAAGUCCAACAAAUCAUUAAAGAUAUCAGGGAGUUUAAGGAGGCAAAUAAGGUGGACAAGGUAGUCGUGCUGUGGACCGCAAACACAGAGAGGUACAGUAAUGUGAUUGUGGGGCUAAACGACACCGUGGACAGCCUUUUCGCUUCUUUGGACAAGAACGAAGCUGAGAUAUCUCCUUCCACCUUGUAUGCCUUGGCCUGUAUUCUUGAAAAUAUUCCUUUCAUCAAUGGAAGCCCUCAGAACACUUUUGUCCCAGGAUUGAUUGAUUUAGCUAUUAAGAGGAACAGUUUGAUUGGUGGAGAUGACUUCAAGAGUGGUCAGACCAAGAUGAAAUCUGUGCUGGUCGAUUUCCUUGUUGGGGCUGGUAUUAAGCCAACGUCUAUAGUGAGCUACAACCAUCUGGGAAACAAUGACGGCAUGAAUCUCUCAGCCCCACAAACCUUCCGCUCCAAAGAGAUCUCCAAGAGCAACGUCGUUGAUGACAUGGUCUCCAGCAACGCCAUCCUCUAUGAGCCUGGCGAGCAUCCUGACCAUGUUGUGGUGAUUAAGUAUGUACCGUACGUGGGGGACAGCAAGAGAGCCAUGGAUGAGUACACUUCAGAAAUAUUCAUGGGUGGGCAAAACACCAUAGUUCUGCACAACACGUGCGAGGACUCCCUGUUGGCUGCUCCCAUCAUUCUAGAUUUGGUGCUUCUUGCCGAGCUCAGUACUCGUAUCCAGCUCAAAGCUGAAGGCGAGGGAAAGUUUCACUCAUUCCACCCGGUGGCCACGAUUCUCAGCUAUCUCACCAAGGCCCCUCUUGUUCCACCGGGCACACCAGUUGUGAAUGCACUAUCAAAGCAGCGGGCUAUGCUUGAGAACAUACUGAGGGCUUGCGUUGGACUGGCUCCAGAGAACAACAUGAUUUUGGAGUACAAGUGAACUACAACAUGUAAGGGAUUCAGGGGAGAUGUGUUCUUAAAAUUUCACGAAUCAUCCCCCUUAAAUCUGUCUGUGCGUGAUGUUAAUGUUGGUGUGAAAGGGUGGUUUGUAGCAAUAUUUGUAUGUUUGAAGUUUCUAAUUUUAUCUUUUGCAGAAGGCUCUCAA